UAUUUUGCUGCUUUGCUCUGUUGGCACCGCAAUAGCUUUGAAGAACAGUGAUUAUGCAGAAAAACAACCCAAUAUAAUUUACAUUCUGAGUGAUGACUUAGGGCAUUCUGAUGUGGGCUUCACAAAUGGUCAUGUCGAAACUCCGAAUCUUAAUAGGCUCGCAAGAGAAGGAGUUUUACUAACGCAGAACUACGUUCAACAAGUUUGCUCUCCAACAAGAGGUGCUCUCAUGUCAGGAAGAUAUCCAUUUCACACUGGAUUACAACACGAAGUCAUCUAUCCGGGUGAGCCAUGGGGACUUCCACUAGACGAAACCAUAAUGCCUCAGGUCCUCAAGGAGUACAACUACUCCACUCAUGCGGUGGGAAAGUGGCAUAUGGGCAUGCAUAAAUGGGCUUUUACACCGCUUUAUAGAGGAUUUGAUGAUUUCUUUGGCUACUACAUGGGAGGAGAGAACUACGACACCCACUUAAAAGACAAAGGCUUGGAUUUGAGAAGUAAUUUCUUUGAUGAAAAUGGAAAAUUUGUGGACGAACUACGUUGGGAUUUGGACGGAAGAUAUAGCGCAGAGUUGUAUUCAGAGCGCACAGUAGAUUUGGUUAACAAGCUCAAAUCUCAGGAGGAUCCUUUCUUCAUCUACUUAGCUUAUCAAAGUGUCCAUGCUCCACAUAUGGUUCCUCAAAGAUACAUCGACCAAUUUUCUUCCCACAUCACAGAUAAAAAGGAAAAGGUAUUCGCUGCAAUGGUGAGCUCUAUGGACGAAGGAAUUGGGAACAUCACCAAAGCAUUAGAGAGCACAGGUUUGGCAGACAACACAAUUAUUGUAUUCAGUUCAGACAAUGGUGGCAAUGUGAACUGUGUAGGAAAAGUGACCUCAAGCAAUUAUCCUUACAGAGGCGGUAAACGGGCUCUUUAUGAGGGUGGCGUUAGGUCCCCUUCAUUCAUAUGGGGUAGAAACAGGUUAGCUCCUUCCAAGUCUGACGCUAUGAUACAUGUCACCGACUGGUUGCCAACUUUCUGGUCACUGGCUAGUCUCCAAGGCAAAUUGAACCCUAAUAAUCCGAUCAAAACAAAACCACUCGAUGGAAUCAACCAGUGGCUGGCUAUUUCAGAGAACUUGCCAUCUAACAGAACUGAAUUUGUUAUAAAUAUCGACCCUUUUCCUGUAAAGUGUGGUCAUCAAGUGUCGCAUGCUGGACUAAGAUGGAAGGAGUGGAAGCUAAUCAUCGGUCAAGGAGGUCCUCCAAGUGGCUGGUACCCUGCUCCUGGUGAUGCUAAUCUUGAGAACCCUUGUGGACCUCAGGACAGCUACAUUGAGUUAUACAACAUCAUUGAGGAUCCAUCAGAAACAAGGAAUGUGUCAGACAAGUUUCCAGACAUUGUCCAGAUGCUUACAGAGAAGAUAAAGGCUUACAAUGCAACAGCGGUGCCGAUAGGAAACAAACCAUAUGAUCCAGCCUCUGAUCCAAAACACUUCAAUUACACUUGGAUGCCUUGGCUGGAUAUGUUUGCUGAAGUCCCGGAUGAGACAUAUACGCUCACUAAAGAUCUCUGGCUUUCUGGAAAUGAACUCACUGAGGAUGAUAUUCUCUCUUCAAGAGACGCAUGUUUUGAACCCGAUCAAGACAUUAACACUGUAGAAUUUUGAAGAAUACAAAUACACUGGACUGUUCAAAAGUUUUAUUUAUUUUUGAUUCCA